AUGAUCGGCAUUGCUACGCUCUUCAAUCACGCGGGCGCUCUUCGGUGCGGUGGCGUGUCAAAUCGCCUGAUGGCGUCACGAUCAAGUUUUAUUCCGUUAGGAAGCCUUGCCAUUACGCGGGAAAAUACCCAGCUCACAGUUGAAGAGUGGGAGCUGUUGAAGGAGAGAUUCGGGAGCUGGGGCGGAAUCACGCCGACUAUACCUGCCAAGGGUGCCAAAGCCUCCGAGCCGUUCGACGACGUAGAGGAUACCUUCCUCCUGUCUGCGUCUUUCAAGCACUACAAGAACCUCGUUGCUGAGAGAUGGAUUCAACUUGAGUUGCUCAUUCAUCCCGGUGAAGUAGAGCAUGGAACUGCAAGGAUCUACGUCUUGCCCGACGACAUUGAUAACAAGAUCAUCAACCGAGAUCGCGGCAAGCUACGAAGAUCACGCAAGGCUCUCAUUUCCCUGCUAGACUUCUCUCAGCAGGCCUGGUCCGGCCGACCGACUUCGAAACCAAUUUCUCUGGACCAUAUCUUCAGAGCAGAAGACGACUCUCAUGAUUCGGCCACACUACUGCGGCUUUUCAACACCAUUCCUUCUCCGGACCCGGCGCCCGAUAUCAUCGCCAACCCAUUCGACCAAGAUGCCGUCUACAGCGUACUCGAAGGCAACCUUCCUGGUCUGAACGAGUCUUCAAAGCUGUACGACUAUCAGCGCCGUUCAGCUGCGGUCAUGAUUCAGCGUGAAAGCGAGCCCGGUCAAUUCCUGGACCCAAGACUUGUCAAAUCAACCGACCAAAACGGUGCGGACUACUACUACGAUACUAGUUCCGGCAUGCUCACCAAGGAACCAAGAUUUUACGACAGUGUCAGAGGCGGUAUCUUGGCCGAACAGAUGGGCUCUGGCAAGACACUCAUCUGCCUUGCCGUCAUCUUGGCUACCAGACAUUUACCCACCCGCACUCCCGAAAUCUACCAAGGGAGCGACGUGCGCGUGAGAAAGAAGAUUGGAUCACUCGCGGAUAUGGCGGCCUCGAAUAUCAACAGUAAGGCAGCGCCUUGGAAAGCAUUUUUCAACGUUUACGAUGCGAGCCAGGAGUUGGAGUUUCCCAAGUGCAUAGCCGCAAUACGCCGCAAUCCUAGCCGCUACGUCAUCCCCGAGGCCCCUCCCAAGCGCCUUCGACGCCGCGAGCAUCAUGUUGAUCGACCAGCCAAGAAGAUCAGGCACAGCCAUGCAUCCAUCGUGAUCGUACCCAACAAUCUUGUUCAGCAAUGGAUUCAAGAGAUUGAAAAGCACAUGGUCGACCCGGGAAACCCGGCGGGUCUCAAGGUUCUCAAGCUGACUAGUCAGAAAGAGGAAAUCCCCAACUCCCAGGUCCUUGCGGCAUAUGACCUCGUUCUCAUUACACACUCGCGGCUCGAUAGAGUAUGGAGAGAGACCAUGAUGUCGGGGUGCCCUCUGUCAGAAGUCCAUUUCAAGCGCUGCAUCGUCGAUGAAGGCCACAAGCUAGGUUACGCAAAAAUCAACAAUAAGAGCAAUACUCUUCUCGCCAUCGAUGAACUCACUAUCUCGGCUCGCUGGAUCGUUACCGGUACGCCAGCAACUGGGUUAUUUGGUGUAGAUGACCAGCACUUCAACGAUGCCCACCUCGAUGACCAGGGCAAUGUCGACAAGGCGGCGGCCCUGGCCGAGGCGGAAAAGGGAGAUCUUGAGAAAAUCGGAGCGAUUGCAUCACUGUAUCUCAAUGCUCGACCUUGGUCCAACAGUGUCCACGAGACAGGGGACACGGCCGCGGACUGGGCAGUCUACGUGAUGCAGCCGAAGCACAGCUCCCGAUCAACUGGCCGCAUGGGGGUGCUGCGGGCAACAAUGAACUCUCUCAUCGUCAGGCAUCGACUAUCGGAGCUCAAUACCUUGCUUCCGUCAGUAAACGAAAAUGUAGUCGUGUUGGAUGGUUCAUACCAGGACAAGUUGUCGCUCAAUAUCUUCUCAAUGAUGAUCAUCUUCAAUGCGGUACAGUCCCAGAGAGUCGACAUGGAUUACUUCUUCCAUCCACGUCAACGUAAGGCUUUGCUCCAGCUGGUUCACAACUUGAAGCAAGCCAGUUUCUUUGGCGGAUCCUUCUUCGCUAAGGACGAUAUAAUGAAGGCACUCGAAACUGCAGAGACUUUCAUCCGAGAGUUGAAGGUAUUUACAAGCAAGGAAGAUACAGUUCUUCUGGAGCAGGCCAUGGAAGUCGCCCACGUUGCCAUCGACAACCAACUGAAAGACUUUAGCAACAAGUUCAACGAGGUUCCCAUCUUUAUCCGCGACUUCCUCCCCAAUGGUGUGGGCUCUGCCUGGUCCCUCGACGACCGAGACGCUAACCCCACCUGCACUGAUGCCGGAAUGGUGCUUACCGCGCAGAAGCUUAUCGCGUCCGCUAUGGGGAAGCCUGCCAAGCUGAAUAGUCUACUCAACGGCCAGCUGGAGUACGAGGGCCGCAAAGAGCAAGCCGACCAGAUCCUGUCUGGGGCACAGGAUAUCGUGGUUGAUCAGCGGCCAUCCAAGACUCGCGGGGUUCUCGCUGGCAAUACGAGACUAGGAGGUGAAAGGAUCCCUCGACACCUCAAAUUGAGCGCUUCAAAACCAGGCGAUCCAAUCCCUGAGCUGGAGGAACUUCCGGAUGAUCUCAAGAAGGCUACGUUGGUUUCCACUGUGUCAGCAAAGCUUUCUUACCUCAUCGACGCCGUGGUAGAGCACCAAGAUAAGGAGAAAAUCAUCAUAUUCUACGAAAAUGAGAACGUGGCGUGGUACCUGGCUGGUCUUCUUGAAGUGAUUCACGUACGCCACCUGAUUUACGCCAGCAAGCUCACGUAUGACCGGAAGAUGGAGUACGUCGACACCUUCAACCACGACCCCAAGAUAAGAGUCAUUCUCAUGGAUUUAUCGCAGGCCGCCAUUGGCCUCGACAUGAGGGCCGCCUCGCGAAUCUACUUCAUCAACCCCGUUCUGAACCCCCAGAUCCAAGCGCAGGCCAUUGGUCGCGCCCGACGCAUCAGCCAGCAGAAGCCCGUGACGGUCGAGACACUUGUUCUGCGGGACAGCAUUGAAGAAGUCAUUAUGGAACGCAAGAAGAGCAUGUCGCAGUUUGAGCACUGGAAGUGCAAAUCCAUCUUGGACGAUCGUCCCAUUUAUAACUGGAUCUUGAACGCUGGCAUCACACCUCUUCCCAAAGACCAGAACAAUUACCUGGCGCAAGCCAUUCCGCUGAAGCAUCCUCAGCCGAUUUUUGGCAGCAAGUUCGUUGGAGUUCAACGUGCAGAAGAGGAUACUCUGGCGAAUGGCACAGAGAUCAAGUCAACCGUUGGCCAUGUUAAGCCGGUAGACGGCACACAUCUGACCGGUCGUAAGCGACUGCAUAGUCCUGAACCCGAAGGCGAUGGAAACCCGGCGGGGGAUGGCGCUAGACCUGCGCGCCGCAUGCGCUUGGCUGCAGGUGACAACGGUGUGAGUGGUGAGCGGCCUACGCCCCGAGUGCGAUUCUGA